AUGAAGGAGCAAAUGUCUAUUGUUUUACGUUAUGUAGACAAUAGUGGGCAUGUCAAUGAACGCUUCAUAGGGAUUGAACAUGUUAUAAGUACCACGGCUCUAUCACUUAAGGCUGCAAUUGAUAAGGUAUUUUCUAGAUAUAACUUGAGUAUGUCUAGAUUGAGAGGACAAGGUCAUGAUGGAGCAAGUAAUAUGCAAGGUAAGUUUAAUGGUCUGAAAACACUCAUUUUGAAUGAGAGUCCAUGUGCUUUUUACAUUCAUUGUUUUCCUCAUCAACUCCAACUUGCGCUUGUGGCUGUGGUAAAGAAGAACAUCCCUAUUACUAACUUCUUUGGUGUGGUUGGGAACGUAAUAAAUACUAUUGGAGCAUCUUCCAAACGAUGUCUUCUUCGAGAAAAACAAUUAGACUUUAUUUUUGAGGCAUUGGAAAAAUGUGAGAUUUUAAGUGGACGGGGACUUAAUCAAGAAACGACCCUUCAGCGCUCUGGUGAUACACGAUGGAGUUCACAUUAUAAUUCUUUGGUCAGCUUGCUUGCCAUGUUCUCUUCUGUUUUAGAUGUACUUGUAAUAAUUAUUGAAGAUGAGUCUUGUUCUUGUGAUCAAAGAUCUGAUGCAACAAAUUUAUUGGAGUUGAUACAAAGAUUUGAUUUUGCAUUUAAUCUACAGUUGAUGAGAAGUGUGUUGGGGAUUUCAAAUGAACUGUCAAAGGCAUUGCAAAGAAAAGAUCAAGAUAUUGUGAAUGCAAUGCAAUUGGUGAGAUUGUGCAAACGACGACUCCAAAUAAUGAGAGACGAAGGGUGGGACUCCUUUUUGGAAGAAGUAUGUUCUUUUUGUCAAAAACAUUAUAUUCAUGUACCCAACAUGGAUGAUAUAUUUGUACGCCUUGCAAUUCGUGGUCGCCCUCAGUGUAAUUCUCCAGAAAUUACAAAUUUACAUCAUUAUCGAGUAGAUUUGUUCUACUCUGUCAUCGAUUUACAAUUUCAGGAAUUGAAUGAUCGUUUCUCGGAUGUAAAUACAGAGUUACUCCUUUGUGUAGCUUGUUUAUGCCCACAAGAUUCAUUUUCUUCUUUUGACAAGAAAAAUUUGAUUAGACUUGCUGAGCUUUAUCCAUUAGAUUUCUCUGCAGUAGAUGGUAUUGUACUUAGCGAUCAACUUGAGACUUAUAUUUUUGACAUGCGCUUUAACAAAGAGUUUGAAGGGUUGAAUGGCCUUGGUGAUCUUGCGGAGAAGUUAGUUUUGACAAAGAAAGAUAAGGUAUAUCCAUUGGUUUACAGACUUUUAACUUUAGCAUUGAUUUUACCGGUUGCUACCACUACUGUGGAGAGAGUUUUUUCUGCAAUGAGCAUCGUAAAGAAUAUAUUGUUCAAUCGGAUGGAUGAUCGGUGGAUGAAUGAUAGCACUAUUGUUUAUGAUGACGAUUGUACGAGCAGUCAAGUACACCGUGCAGAGCUCAAGGAAGUCGUGUUGCCAUAUGUAAUUACUAUACUGUGUAGGGACCACACGCAUUAUCCUCCUGAUGACCUAGACUUCAAUGGCGGCUCCCAUCUAGUGGGAGACCACUACGAGCCUUAUACUUCAGCAACCAGCAAUCCUUCGAAGGCUAUAGUAUUUGAAAGCAAUAAUCCUGUAUCAACAGGAGAACUGCAAAACAUUCAAGUAGCCUAUAGGUUGAAUGGGAAGAAUUAUCUAAAGUGGUUGUUACACCAAGAUAUCACUACAAAACUAGAAAAUAAACAAGAAAAAUAUUACAAGAAAAAUGGCAGAAGAACAAAUCCUCAGCCGUUCACUGAAACUCGAACCAAACGGCAUCUAGAUGAAGGUCCUUUCAUCUAUGGGGCUCAGACUCAAGAAAAUACAGGAUUGUACCCGUCUGUAUGA